AUGGUGCUUCUGGCCCCAUUGAUCAGCGCCCUCAGGACGCUGUUGUCGGUGUGUGAGCGAUAUGCCGAGGCCCAGGGUCUUAGAUAUAAUGCAAGGAAGAGCGAGUGUCUACUCUUCAGGGCAGGUACUAAAACUUAUGAUAUACCACCCGUUGCACUUGCGGGGACUGCUUUGGAAUGGGUCACUUCUUUCAAGUAUCUGGGACACUGGGUCACUGACACACAGACUGAUAGUAAAGACAUGGAGAGGGAACGUAGGGCGCUGUCAGUCAGGAGCAAUAUGUUGAUCCGCAGGUUUGCAAAGUGUUCUCAUGAUGUGAAGGCUACACUUUUCAGGGCAUAUUGUCAAUCUUUUUAUACCUGCAGCCUAUGGGUCGACUACACGCAGGGGGCUUACAGCGCCUUGCGAGUCCAAUAUAAUAACGCGUACAGGGCACUGUUGAGGCUGCCUCGACACUGUAGCGCAUCGGGGAUGUUCGCUGAUGCACGCAUAGAUGAUUUCUACGCAAUCAUAAGAAAGCGUGUCGCCUCCCUGAUGCAGCGGGUGCGGGGCAGCGCCAACAGUCUUCUGAUGACCGUGGCGGAUAGGACUGAUGGCCUUAUGCUAAAACACUGGACGAAGACGCAAGUGUUGCCUACAAACCGUGCCCAGAAGUAG